UCUACUUGGUAUAGUCCAAACAUGGUAGCUGCCGUUUAGAGAGAAAUACUAAAUACAGUAAAGCUGGGUUAAAUUCUAUUUAUGUGUGUAAGUUUUGCGGACGGCUAUCAUUAUUAGUAUACACAUUUGGGACUUAAAAGUUCCAGGGGAAGCCUUUUACCACAGGCAACUGCUUUCCUGACUUUCUUGAGCUUCAUGGAACUUAAAGACAGUUUUAGAAGAAAAGGAGAGGUUUUAUCCAGGAAGCGGGUACUUUAGAACAUGCAGCACCAUGCUGUCCUUUCUGCACUCACUACAGUCUGGCGUUCCAUACCAUGCUCACGGUCAGAGCUAAACCUGGAUGUUGUGCUUUCCUGUGGUCAGUCUUUUCGAUGGAAACAAAUAAAUCCAAGUCAUUGGACUGGUGUUUUAGCCAGCCAAGUGUGGACACUGACCCAGACGGAUGAUCAUAUCUGGUAUACAACAUAUUGCUUAGAUGGUGAAGAAAAUGUUGACCUUGUUGGCCUUGAGUCACAGAAUAUGGAACCAAAGCAGUCUGCAACCUCAGCUCACAGAGAGCUGAAAAUAGAAAGGGAACGAAGGGGGUGCUGUAAGAACACUGUUGAUGCUGAGAUAAGUUGUAUGGGCAAAACUGUAACCGUAAAUCCAUCAAAUAAUUUUAUAUUUGUAAAGUCCAAGAAAACAGAAGAUGAUUGUGACAAAGUAGGUAGAAAAAAGCAGGAUAUUUUAAUGGACUAUUUCCAGUUAAAUGUUGAACUGGAAAGUCUGUAUAAACAGUGGGGAAAAGAAGAUCUGCACUUUAGAAGAGUUGCCCAGGAAUUCCCAGGAGUGAGAAUCCUUCGACAGGAUCCAACUGAAUGCUUCUUUUCUUUUAUUUGCACUUCAAAUAAUCACAUUUCCCGAAUAGAGGGUAUGAUUGAACGGCUGUGUAAGGCAUUUGGCAAGAGACUUUGUCAACUGGACGAAGCAGUGUAUUACUCCUUUCCCACGCUUGAGGCCCUUGCAGCCCCUGAUGUCGAAGAACGCUUGAAAAAUCUUGGCUUUGGAUAUCGUGCUAAAUUUGUAAAUCAAAGUGCUCAGACUAUUCUAGAAAAGCAUGGAUAUGAUUGGUUGGUUUCACUUCGCUGUGUGCCAUAUGAGGAUGCCAGAACAAUGCUGCGUGCUCUUCCAGGUGUCGGAGCAAAGGUUGCUGAUUGUGUGUGUCUCAUGUCUCUGGAUAAAACUGAAGCAGUCCCUGUUGACACCCAUGUAUGGCAGAUUGCCAAACGGCACUAUCUUCCACACUUGGGCUCUGAUAACAAAACUCUCACUGAUCGACUCUACAAAGAAAUUGGCAACUAUUUCCAUAACCUCUGGGGUCCGUAUGCUGGAUGGGCACAGUCUGUGCUGUUUUGUUCAGAUCUAAAAAAAUUCCAAAGCCCUAAAACAGAUGAGGUCACUAGGCAGAAGAAGAGAAGAAAAUUAUAUUAAGGACCAAAUUCUGUCGCAUGACUGCAUAGAGCCUGUAUAGUAUCAAGAAAGAAAUCAUUUCAAACUGUGUAACAUGAGAAAUUUGUAGUAGGUUUGAAUGCACAAAUGAUGACAUCACUGUGAUAUCAGUGAAUGCAAUGAUAUAUUCUUUGGGGAAACACUUCUUGGGAGCACUGGAAGUUUAUGUGGUCACUGUCAUUUUCUACAAUCUUCACAUCUGGACAACAAAGACUGUUAUUGAACAGUCUCAAAAGAAAGACUGCAAUUUCUUAUUAAAAGAAAAUUUUGAUGUAGUGCCUUCGUAGAGCAAUAAACUUUAUUUUAUAAAGGA